AUGCGAAGAUCGUUAUCCAUCACAUUAAGACUUUUAGGUCUAUUAUUUUUUGCAGGAAAUACAUUGCUUCUAAUAUUAAUCAUCAUAUCUGGGACAACAAGGCAUUAUCCUGUAGAUAGAUUUUAUUGGGUUCAAGGUGAUACAAGUGGGAUACCCAAUGCUCCAAAUCUAACCAGGUGGACAUACUGGGGUGCAUGUGAGAGAUUGGAUGGCGUUACACAUUGUAGUGGGAACUUAGCGCCUGCUUAUCCGAUUUCUCCCGUCGAUAAUUUUAAUACAAAGGUCAAUGUUCCAAGUAAGUUCAUUUCAAAUAGAGACGCAUUUUAUUACUUAACAAGAUUUUCAUUUUGUUUCUUUUGGAUUGCUCUUGCCUUUAUCGGAAUUACAUUUAUACUGUACAUUUUUUCGUGGUGUUCAUCGAUCAUGUUAAAGAUUAUCUUCAUAUUAAUGAUAUUUGGUUUCAUAUUCAAUAUUACAUCUGUCGUAUUACAAACAGCCGCUUCAGUAAUGGCAAGAAAUGCUUUCCAUGAUGCAGACAGAAGUGCCUCAGUGGGGGCUUCCUUAAUGGGGAUAGCGUGGGCAAGUGUUACUUUAUGUUUUCUAGAAUUAGGACUAACGACCUAUUGGUUCACAACUAAUGAAUACAAUGCCACCUUUAGUUCGACACCUCAUCUAGAACAUCGUCACAAUAAACAUCGUGGAUUUUUCCAUCGUAAAAAGGAUCCAAUGGUGGACCGAACUUUGAAUUCUCCGAUUCCGACUUCAACUGCAGCAGAUCCUUAUGCGUUCACACCGAAUCCUAAUAUUAAUGCUACAAUUACAAAUAAUAAUGCUUCUUCAUUUGUUCCUCCACCACAAGAAACCACACACAAAGGUAUUAAUUUUUUCAAAAUUAGAAGAACUCAACACCUGAAUGACGAUGAUUCUUUGUAA